CUGAGUUUUGUUUGUUUAUUCAUUCGCUUCUUUCUUUUGUGCCAAAAGUCAUUCUUUUAAUUCUUUAAAGUAUCAAAUAACUUUCAAAGAUUGUUUGAAACAUUUAUAUAAGGCUCUGUAGUUUGGCAUCAACCUGAAGCUUUCUUGGACGGUCCUGCCUGUCUUGCUGUUAUUAGGUCAAGAAUUUUAAAAAAGAAUUUGCUCUCUCUGUAUUGAUACAUAAUGGCCAUAAAGAGAGUUGGGUUAAUCAAAGGUUGUCUUCCAGAGGAAUUAAAAAAGGUACUUGUAUCUGUAGCUUCUGAAUGGGGGGACGUAGUGGAUGACUUGAAUGCCUUGCAGGUCAUACCAUUGAAGGGUGCCAUGACUAAUGAGGUUUACCAAAUAAGUUGGCCCACGAGGGCUGGUGAUUUUUCCCGAAAUGUUCUGGUCCGGGUUUAUGGCGAAGGAGUUGAAGUUUUCUUUAAUAGGGAUGAUGAAAUUCAGACCUUUGAGUGCAUGUCCAAGCAUGGCCAGGGACCCCGUCUUCUUGGGCGGUUCGCGGAUGGACGGGUUGAAGAGUUCAUUCACGCUAGAACACUAUCAGCUGCUGACCUCCGUGAUCCUGAAGUAUCUGCUAUUAUAGCAGCUAAGCUGAGAGAGUUCCACAAUCUUGAUAUGCCUGGUCCGAAAAAUGUAGUCCUUUGGGAUAGAAUGAGAAACUGGCUUAGCGAGGCUAAAACUUUGUGUUCAGUAAAAGACACAAAGGAAUUUGGCUUGGAUACUUUAGAGGAGGAAAUUGGUAUGUUAGAGAAGGAACUAUCACGGGACUAUCAUGAGAUUGGGUUCUGUCACAAUGACCUGCAAUAUGGUAACAUAAUGAUGGAUGAAGAGACCAGAUCAAUCACUUUAAUUGAUUAUGAAUAUGCCAGUUAUAAUCCUGUUGCUUACGACCUUGCAAAUCAUUUCUGUGAGAUGGUAGCAAACUACCACUCUGAGACACCUCACGUUUUGGACUACAGCAAUUAUCCAGGUCUGGAGGAGCGCCAGAGAUUUGUCCGUAUAUAUCUGAGCUCUGCAGGUUACCAACCCAGUGAUGCUGAUGUGGAUGAGCUAGUUGACAAAUCAGAGAAGUACACUUUGGCCAACCAUCUCUUUUGGGGCUUAUGGGGAAUAAUUUCGGGUUACGUGAACAAAAUUGAUUUUGACUACGUGGAGUAUGCAAGGCAGAGGUUUCAGCAGUACUGGUUGAGAAAGCCGGCAUUGUUGGGUGAUAAAGCAAUAAUGGCUUUGUAGCAUAUUGAGGGUCCUCUGUUACUUCAUAAAUUUCAUCUGAAAGGUGAAAUACUCUGUAGGCAAAGGUUAAAAAAAAAUAGAUGUGUGAGAGAUAAAAAUAGAAUAAAUAAAAAAGAUGCAGGAUCGUGUAAAAUGUGUAUGUCAUUGGCAUUGACAACACUUAAUAUUGAAACAGAUGACUUGUAAAUAAUGUUUUGUUUCUUCUUUGUUUGUUAAAUGACUUGUGCAAGUACUUGUUAACUAAGAGUUGUUCAGUGCUCUUGUGAACUUUGUAGUGCAUGUAUUAAGGGUGUUUUGUACCAUUUUUCAAAUUUCUAUAUAUUUUUGCUU